UCUAGGCGUCUCAUUUGGGGGUGAAAAGAUGCGUUCUGGCUUCUGGAUACCCAUGUUGCUUUUGGAGGACACUAUCAUGUAUGACAUUUGCUGAUGUGGUUAUGAGCACGCAACGAAAGCUUACAAUCACUGAAUGCGUCCUCUCACCGACCUUGUUGUCGCUCACGCUGUCGAGACAUAUUUCCAGCUUUUUGUUCGCUCGGCCGUGCGUCUCGAUGGUCUCUCCCGGGUUUGCGCUUUGUUCUCUGUCUCGCGGCUCGCUCGUUGGAGGUACAGUAGUCGACAAUGGUCGAAGCCAUCAGGAGAACGGUUUCGCUGAAGCUCAUCUGAUGGAAACUUUGAUUUUGUCUUAUUGCUCGGGCAUGCAUGCUUAUACAAACACCCGUCGUUCAUCUGUGGUCUGAUGCAUCCCAACACAACGUAGAUACGAUCGCGAAACAGCACAGCGCCCACUAACGGCGGCAUCUCUAUGCUUGCAUCAGCGAUCUACUUGCUCGAGAAGCGAUACAUACAUAGUCGUGACCAAAGCGCCGUCGCCUGCCAAACGUACCGUCCC